AUGGAGACAAUCAAAUGUAGAUCACUCCCAAACAACAAGAGCAAGAUAGCAAGAACAUUCCAAAAAGUUAUCAACCUCAAGACUGCAACAAAAAUUGCUUCAAAUAAUGGGAUUGGCAUUUGUAUGCUAACACCGCACAACAAGUUUGAUCAAGAUGAUUCAAACACCACCUACAAACCUCAAAACACCAAAGAUAGUCACAAGAAGAAAGAUGCUAGGGCCAAGCGCAGAUCAGUCUUGGAGGCAUUGUUGGCAAAGCUAUUUGCAAGCAUUACUACAAUUAAAGCAGCUUAUGCAGAGCUACAAAUGGCUCAAAAUCCUUAUUGUAGUGAUGCUAUACAAGCUGCAGAUCAGGCUGUUGUCGAUGAAUUGAAACAGUUAUCAGAACUUAAGCGUAGUUUUUUCAAGAAUGAGCUUGACAUUUCGCCACAGGUUACUGUGAUGCUGGCAGAGAUUCAAGAACAACAGAGCUUAAUGAAGACCUAUGAGAUCACAAUCAAGAAACUGGAAUCAGAUGUUGAGGUUAAAGGUUCAGACAUUAGUUCACUCACGAAACAGCUUGACGAGGCUAUUGCAUUUAACAAGUCUCUUGAGAAGAGACUAAAUGCAAGUGGGCCAUUAUCAAUGUUUGACAACAUUCAAUUUUCACUCCUAAACCCAACCCAUUUUGUUCAAUUCUCGCAUUAUGCUUUAAGAUCCAUGAGGAGUUUUGUGAAAUUAAUGGUUCGUGAAAUGGAGGUAGCCCAUUGGGAUAUUGAAGCAGCUGCAAAAGCAAUUGAACCAGAAAACACUGUUUUUGCAAAGCCAAGCCACAGGUGCUUUGUCUUUGAAUCUUUUGUGUGCAAGACAAUGCUUGAAGGUUUCAAUCAUCCAAAUGAAGAGCAUCAGAGUGAACACUACUACUUUAUUGAAUUCAAAAAGCUAAAAUCUUUGAACCCAAAACAAUUCUUGACUCAUCAUCCAGACUCAUCAUUUGCAAGAUUCACAAGGGUCAAGUAUCUUCAACUUGUCCAUGCGAAAAUGGAGUGCUCUCUGUUUGGGAAUUUAAACCAGAGAAAGCUAGUGAAUUCUGGUGGAUUCCCAGAUUCUGCUUUCUUCAAUGCAUUUGUUGAGAUGGCUAGGAGGGUAUGGGCCUUGAAUCUCUUAGCUUUCUCAUUUGGUGAGGAUGUUAGUAUUUUUCAAGUAGCCAAGAAUUGCAGAUUCUCUGAUGUCUACAUGGAGGCUGUAACCCAAGACUCAGUAUUAGAAACUACCAAUUCUGAUACUGAUCUCCGGGUGGCUUUCACCGUGGUUCCUGGAUUCAAGAUUGGCAAAACUGUGAUACAGAGUCAAGUGUAUUUGUCUCCGGUGAGUCCUUGA